AUGAUUCUGUUUGUUGUGGUUUUGGCAUUUGGGAUUUCGGAAUCAGAAGCGCAGAAGAUUUGUGAUUUUUGUGGAGAAGAUGGAAAUUUUGAAAUGAAUCAUGAGUGGAAAACUGUGAAGAUGUUUUUGGUUGGUUUAGAAAUUUUUUCGUAAAAUCAGCUGCCAAGUUCUCUCUGAUGUACAGAGCUUGAUUUUCAACCAAAAAAUCAACCCCUUAUUCGAGUGGGAGUUCUAUCAAAUUCGCCUCGAUGAUUUUUUGAAUUCAGACAAAAAUAAUUGAUAGCUACGUCAUUUUCAAAAAUACAAAACAAGAAAAAAACAAAUUUCAGCAUAUAAUUUGUGCAUACAAAGCUCACAAACAUCUCGUUUCCCCGUGCAAAACUCUAAUUAAUCUGGCCGAUUCUUCAAAUUUCUAUUCAAAUGUUCAACCGGUUAUUGGUCGAAUUGGAACAUUUGUUUGUCGAACUUAUUGUAUUGAAAAGUUUGUUGAUUCUUGGAAUUUGUGCCUUUUUUCAAAUUCGAAAUUUUAUUUCAGAUUGAAUGCGGAAUGGGAGAAGAAAUUCGAAAUUUGA